UGAUGUGUCGUUUCCAGAACCGCGGAGAAUAAAGCCGGGAGGGGAAUUGUCCGCCAGAGCGCACUCGUCCUGUUGGGUGAAAAACACAAGCGUGCGUGUUCGUGUUGAGGUCUCUGCUGACGUGUUUAAAUCUCCUUAGCCGUGCGUAGCGCUGCCAUUCUCGCGCAUAACACUGCAUAUCGAGACAGCGUACGCGGUGUUGUGUUGCUCGGUGCGGUGCUGUGCGGUGCGGAGCGCGCGCUAGCGUUAUAGCGUGCAUUUGACGCGGUUAUGGCCGCGCUGUAAAGUGGAACGGCGGAUGCUCAGUGGGAUAUAUAAUUCGGAAUUCGGCUCAUUUUCGCAAAUGCAAAAGAAAACAUGGAGCCAAGCCUGGCCUUACUGCUCACCAGCUUGCUCGGCUGGUGCUCGUGCUCGAGUUUCCCAAGUAACAUUAAUAUAGGCGGUUUGUUCCCGACCGACUCGCAUGAAUAUGAGGUGUUCCGAUUCGCGCUAUCUCAGCAGCACGAGCUCCCCAAACUGGUGCCACAAGUGGACAUGGUGGACGUGGGCAGCAGUUUUGCCAUGACAUACGCAUUUUGUUCCCAGUUCUCUAAAGGAGUCUACGCCAUAAUCGGUCUAUAUGACAAGAAGACCAUGAACAUGUUGAUGUCGUUCUGUGGGGCUCUGCAUGUCUGCUUCGUCACACCCAGCUUCCCAAUCGAGACCAACAAUCAGUUUGUAAUCCAACUCAGGCCGCAGCUCCAGGAUGCUCUGAUUGGCCUUGUGGAACACUACAAGUGGACCAAAUUUGUCUACAUGUAUAGCUCAGAUUCAGGACUGACUGUGCUACAGAAAAUCCUGGACACAGCUGCAGAAAAGAGUUGGCAGGUGACAUCCAUCAACUUUGAUACUCUUACAGAGGCAGCCUUCAUUAACUCUAUCCAGGACCUGGACAGCAAAAAAGAGCACAAGAUCAUUCUGGACUGCGAGCUGGAAAGACUUAACUCCAUUCUUAACCUGAUUGCAGCGCAAAAAAAGAAUCUGAAGAAUUAUCACUUUAUCCUGGCAAACCUGGGCUUUCUGGACCUGAAUUUGACAGAGUUCAGGAAAGGUGGUGCCAACAUCACAGGCUUCCAGUUAAUGAACUACACAGACCCCAUGGUUAGCAGGACUAUAGAUGACUGGCUGGACUUUGACAGCAAAGACCUGAAGAGCCCUAAGAGGAGACUCAAGUACACAGGAGCGCUCACCUAUGAUGGUGUGAGUGUCAUGGCCACUGCUUUCCAAAACCUCAGGAGGCAGCGUAUCGACAUUUCCCGGCGAGGGAAUGCAGGCGAAUGUCUGGCCAACCCCCCAGCACCAUGGGGCCAAGGCAUUGACAUCCAGAGAGCCCUCCAACAGGUACAGUUUGAAGGUCUAACAGGCCACGUCCAGUUCAACGAGAAAGGACAUCGAACAAACUUUACUGUCAGCGUACUGGAGCUUGUUCCGAGUGGACCCAAGAAGGUGGGCUACUGGAACGAAAAUGAGAAGUAUGUGAGCACGGCGACGUACGCCCACACACUCAACGAGACAUUCGGCAUGCACAAUAGGACAUACAUUGUCACCACCAUUCUAGAAUCUCCGUACGUGAUGCUGAAGAAAAAUCACGAGCAGCUGUCAGGGAACGAUAGGUACGAGGGAUACUGCGUGGAAUUGGCUGCCGAGAUCGCCAAACAUGUGGGCUACUCCUACAAGUUGGAACUCGUGCCAGACGGCAAGUACGGAGCCCGAGACCCUGAUACCAAAAUGUGGAACGGGAUGGUUGGAGAGCUGGUGUAUGGGAAAGCCGAUGUAGCCGUGGCUCCUCUCACGAUCACCCUGGUUCGAGAGGAGGUCAUCGACUUCUCCAAGCCCUUCAUGAGCUUGGGCAUCUCUAUCAUGAUCAAGAAGCCCACCAAAUCCAAGCCAGGCGUCUUCUCCUUCCUGGACCCGCUGGCAUACGAGAUCUGGAUGUGUAUAGUGUUUGCGUACAUCGGUGUCAGCGUGGUCCUAUUCCUGGUGAGCCGUUUCAGUCCGUACGAGUGGCACAGUGACGACUCAGAGGACAGCGGUGAGCAUCUGAGCCAGAACCGGACACCGUCCCCGGAAGCCGGACAAUCGCAGUUGCAGGAUCAGCAUGGCCAGAGUCCAAGCCAGCAAGACAAGCAGGAGAAACCACCUGAACACUCCAACGAGUUCGGCAUUUUUAAUAGUCUGUGGUUCUCUCUGGGUGCCUUCAUGCAGCAAGGCUGCGAUAUUUCACCCAGAUCACUCUCGGGUCGUAUAGUUGGAGGCGUCUGGUGGUUCUUCACCCUCAUCAUUAUCUCCUCCUACACGGCCAACCUGGCUGCCUUCCUGACUGUGGAGAGGAUGGUGUCACCCAUAGAGAGUGCAGAAGACCUGGCCAAGCAGACAGAGAUCGCUUACGGCACCUUGGAUGGAGGAUCGACCAAAGAGUUCUUCAUGAGGUCAAAGAUAGCCGUGUUUGAGAAGAUGUGGUCCUACAUGAAGUUUGCAGAUCCGUCAGUGUUUGUAAAAACCACUGAUGAUGGAGUGGUGAGAGUGCGGAAGUCCAAAGGGAAAUACGCUUAUCUGCUGGAGUCCACCAUGAACGAAUACAUCGAACAGCGCAAACCCUGUGACACCAUGAAGGUGGGCGGAAACCUGGACUCCAAGGGGUAUGGGGUUGCAACUCCUAAAGGCUCUGACUUAAGGAUUCACCCCAUGAUGUCACUCCAUCCCAUUUCAUCACUAGCAUGUCAGUAUGCUGAACUGUCACUGACAUUCAGCUGACCAUCAUUUUCACAGACAUCAUGCAGAUAGAAACAAAAUUAAUAACACGGCUAACACAUUAACGCUAGCAUAGAUUUAUGUAUCUGAAAAAAGGCAGAAUUUUUUUUUAAAUUCAUCACAAGGCUUUAUUUGUUGACCAUUACUUCCAUUCAUAUCUCCUCAUCAACUCUUUUUCUUUGUAAUAUGUUGUUUUCCAUCAGAAACUGUACUUUCUGGACAAUAAGUGUCUGCACUGUAAAUCAGCACUGCUUGAAAGAUGAAAUAAUGUAUCAGGCGAUUUUAUUUUCCGCACUGGGACGUUAGAGUAAUAUAGGUGCUUUCUAGUUUAUUUAGUGUUACUGUAGUUCAUCACUGUUGUUUCCAGAGCUCAAACCUUUGCUACGUUCCUUAUCUAGAGGUGUACAUCAGGACUGGAAUCCCGUUGGAAAGAACAAUAAAAGUAUCAGGACUGGGCCGGUUUUUACAUUUGGGACUGGGUGGUCAGAUAGACAGGUUCCAGGACAAAGAUGGGCUAUGUUGAUUACCAUGGAAGCAUAUUUAUCUCAUUCAUUCACUCAUCUUCAGUAACUGCUUUAUUCUGUGCUGGGUCAUUGUGUUGUUGUUGUUUUUUUUAGCCAAACAGACCAAGCUAAUUUCGUCAGAAAAUAUGGUGGGGAGAUGAUAUGCAACCAAAAAUAACUGCUGCAGAAAGAUGGGAUUGAUGGAAUUUCUUUGGGAAGAUUCAUAUUUCUAAACCAAGGGCCUCAUUUAUCUUAGUAAAGUUGUGCGUAAAUGUUUUUACACACAACUAAAAACGAAUUCCCACCAGAUUUACAGAAAGUUCAGUAAUGUUUAAACUCCCAUAAAGUACCAAGCACAUUCACGGCACAGCUAAUUUACAUUUAGUGACGCUCACAAAACUUGAUAAAAGGCAAUGAGAGCUCGCAAAAAGUCAAAUGAUGACUAAACUGCAAAAGAUUACCUCCUAAACAUAGUGUGCACCGUGUGCUCAUGCAUUGCAGUGCGUCAGCUCCCAUAGACACACUCGACCUCAUUUUAUGGGGUGCAAUUACUUUUGUCCCAAAUGAAUGGCUGGUCUUAGUAUUAGUAUUUGUCUUAAUUUAUGGAUUUGUUUUGGAUUCUUUCUUUCAAGUCGUCCCUGCUGAAAAAAACAAUAGGAACCCGAAUAGAAUUUGUAAUAGUUAUAAUUGUAUUGAAUUGAAUUGAAUUGUAUUGGUUUCUGUGGGAAGUGUAAUGGUUAACUGUAAAAUCUCUACUGGUAAUUUCUUGCUUUCUAUUGGUGGCACGUUAUGUCUAGUGAAUACCUUUAAGGACCAAUAAUGGUAAUGGCAAUGGUUUUAAUGGUUAGCUGAUGGUUUGUAAUGGUGUUUGUAUUGGAAACCAUUUGAAUUUCUAUGAUGGUUUGUAUUUUUUUUCAGCAGGGAUUAAUAUGAAAUGAACAAGUUUCACAGAACUGUUAAAUGUGUGUGCGCAGUUUAAAUCGCUGAAAAAAGGUUCACAUUAAUGAGUUCUCAAUGUUUACAAAUGUAAAAUACCACAUUGUUUUGUGGAAAUUUUCCUUUGAGUGAAUAAAUUCUGUCGUAUUUUGUUUGAUAAAUGAGGCCCAAAAUCCUCACUUUACAAUGUUUAAUGCUAAACUUUUAUAAUUCACUCGUUAAUGUACUGUGACUUUUGAGGUUCAAAUAUUACGUUAAUGCCAUACUAAAUGUGUGUUUAUCAUAACCUUCCUGUUGUCCAGGUUUAUAGUAAAAACACUAUUAAAUAGGCACUUGCUACAGUACAAAAGACACGUUUUAUAGUCUGGAAAAUGCGAUACGUUUUCUCCUUUCCUCUCUGCCUGUUACUCUUUCUGCCAAAGCAGUGAAUUUCAGAAACUAACGCUCAUGAAUGUAGUCUGGCUUUCUCUUAGUCACCCAUAAGCCGACCUCUUUCUAACCCCCCUGUCACACAGAGGGAGGGCUCAGAAAGAGAGGUUUUACUGAGAAAGACACUGUUGCCUGGGAGCAGAGCAGACCCACGGUCUGUUCGCUUUCCUUCCCGGCGGCACUCUCUGCCACGCAAUGGAAGGGCUUCCCUGUAACAGCGCUGGAGCAGGAGCACAUGAAGACUGGGUAAGGGUGGAGCUGGCGCAUUAAAAAUGCUCUGGCACAAUUCAUGGACCGUCGAGAAUGUAUAAGUUCUCCUUUGAGCUGUUGUAAUGGGAUAGCAAUCUGACAACAACAAUCAAAAUAACAAUCUAGCCCGCUUAAAUCCAGAGCAUUGCUAAUGCCUCCUCUUCCCUUCCUAAGAAUCCAUGUCUUGCUUGGUAAAAUCUGGUCACACUACAUUUUUUUCCCCCUGAACAUCACACAGCACAAGACAACAAAAAGGUCUUGUAGAAACAGGCACACAAUCAGAUCAGUUUUACUUUUAUUUGAUUUGAUUUUUUUCUUUUUCUUUUGAAAAUUGACUCACGUUUCAUUUCCUACAACCUCUGCCUCGCUGUCCCAUUCUCACCACUGACGCUGACCCCGAUUAUUUUAUUAUCAUUUCAAGAAACCGAGUAAACCUGGCAGUGUUAAAACUGAACGAGCAGGGCCUGUUGGACAAAUUGAAAAACAAAUGGUGGUACGACAAGGGCGAGUGCGGCAGCGGGGGAGGUGAUUCCAAG